AUGGAAGGUGGAAAGAACUCCACCAUGGAGAUGUUUUACUACGGUGAGUGCAUGAAGAAUCACAAGAUCUCUUCCGGCAAAAUUGUAACAGACGGCUGCUGCGAAUUCUGGCCAAUAAACGACACACCGGACUCACUACUUUGCUCGGUUUGCGGCUGCCACCGAAAUUUUCACAAGAGAACUCUCUUCAUUUGUUCCUCAGAACGGAUAGAAGAGCCGGCAUCGGCGCAGCCAGUGGUGUCUCCGGCGCUGCCAGUUAUACCUCCGGUGCAGCCAGUGGUGUCUCCAGCGCAACCAGUGGUGUCUCCGGUGCAGCCAAAUGUGAGGUCGGAUGAAAGAAAGCGACGAGGGAAGCAGCCAAUGGUGCCUCCAGUGCUGCCAGAGGGGCCUCCGGUACAGUCAGAGGUGCCUCCAGUGCAGCCAGAGGUGCCAUCGGAUGAAAGAAAACGACGAGGGAAGCAGCCAGUGGUGGCUCCGGUGCAGCCAGAGGUGAGAUCGGAUGAAAGAAAGCGACGAGGGAAGCAGCCACUGGAGCCUCCAGUGCAGCCAGAGGUGCGAUCAGAAGAAAGAAAGCGCCGAGGGAAGCAGCCAGUGGUGCCUCCAUUGCAGGCAGAAAUGCCUCCAGUACAGGCAGAGGAGGCAACGGAAGAAAGAAAGCGGCGACGGAGGCAAGAGGAGGAUGAGAGUAGGAGGCCGUUAAGAAUAGUGAUGGCUUUACGGGCAGUCCCUAAGCCGGUGGUGUAUGACGUGGAGCCACUGGCAAUGAUUCCACCAGGGGAGGAGUUCCCGGUAUAUGAUUGGAUGAAGAAGACAAGGGUGAGGUUCAACGAUGUUCAGAAAGAGAGAAUGCGUGGUUUUGCUGAAGAUUUGGGAUGGAAAAUGGUUAAGGAGAGAAGUAGUGAGAUUGAUCGAUUCUGCGAUGAGAUUAGGGUUCCAAGGAACACUUUCAAGAUUUGGAUGAAUAACCAUAAGAAUAAUAAUAAUAAUAAUAAUAAUAAUUCCUCUAUGGUUGCUUCCACUUCCCUGGCUCCUCCUGGACCGGCUGAUGUGGAGAACCAGGACAUUGCUUCCUCAUCCAUGCCUCCUGCUGAACCACCUGAACCUGAUGAAACUUACAAUGACGAAGAUAAUGCUUCCUCUCCUGAGUCCCAAAAUUGA